AUGUCUACAGUCUCGCAAGCAGCGUUGCAAAGCCUCGAUGAGUCUUCCAGAAAAGAUAUCCUCCAAUUUAUAGAGUCGGAAAACUCCAAGUCUAAGGUGCAAAUGUCCAUCCACAACUUCACCGACAUGUGCUUCAAAAAGUGCAACACCAACAAGCCCAUCACCACUGGCACCUUGGACUCCAGCGAGGAACUGUGCUUGACCAAUUGUUUGAACAGAUUCUUGGACACCAACAUCAAGGUGGUCCAGGCAUUGCAAGGGGCCCAAAAGUAA